AUGAAUCCGAUGCCGCCGAUGUCGGGUGGUUACCCACAAAUGUACCCACAGCAACAGCCACAAAUGAUCUAUGGUACACCGAUAGGAUUUGGUUGGACAACUGAUUUGUUCGAUAAUAAUUAUUCUACUCAUCAUCGUCAAAAUUAUGCUGUUCCCAGAGGAGGCAAUCGACAACGUGGCUCACGCAUUCGUCAGGGUGUGCGUAACCUUUUCAAACGUGGCUCGCAACCGGUUUCGUUUAUAUAA